CAGAUCACCAGCGGAGCCGCAGAGGUCACGGCGCCGCACCCUAACCAAGACGGACGGCACGGGAAAGCAACGGACGGCGGACGAGCGGACGGGACGAGGGGAGACAGCGAUAGAAAGAAGAGAGGCUUGUGUCGAGAGAAGAAGAGAGAGCCGAGAAGUGAGUAGAAAAGAUAAAGGAAGAGGGUGAAGAAGGUAGACAACAACAGAGGGAGAGACUUGUGCUUGGAAAGGAGAGGAGAUAAGAAAAGAGAAGAGAAAGUAGAGACUGAUGAAGUGAAGGACCGAAGAGACGCAGCGAAAGGGAUAGAGGAGAAGAGAAAGCAGAUAAUAGAAGAGAAGAGAAGAGAAAGGCCACUGAAGACGCAAGGGAGUGAAGAAAAAGGUAUAGCAGAAAGAAGAGAACGAAAGAAGGAGAUUCGACAGAAAUGAACACAAGGUAAAUUUCGUGAAUAUUACAGAAAAUAUUAAAAAAGAGAAUCAGGAACCCAGUGAAGUAAAACGAUUAUAGAAAAGAUAAGAAAAAAAAAAGAGAUACGAGAGGGUGAAGACGAGGAGAACUUAAUGAAGAGAACAAAAUAUGGAACAGACACAACGAUAGGAAGAGAGGCUUGUGUCGGGAGAGGAGAAGAGAGAAGGAAAUGAGGAGAGAAGAUAAAGAUGAAGACCACUGUUGAAGUUUCGUGAGGCCAAGAGAAGAGAAAAUAGCUACUAAUAGAAUGAAGUGAAGAGAAAGUUAUAUAUAUUGUCAUGACCACUUAGAAGAUAUAAGAGGAGAGAGAGAGAGAGAGAGAGAGAGAGAGAGAGAGAGAGAGAGAGAGAGAGAGAGAGUAGAGUAGAGGGAUGAACACCACAAUGGAAAUUCGUGAAGAGAACAGAGAAGAGAGUGUAGAAAUAUAGAGAUCCGGUGAAGUGAAGAAAAGAUUAUAGAAGAGAAGAGAAGAGAAGAGAAAGUAAGAAAGUAGAGACAAAAACUCUACAAGGAAACCUUUGUGAAGAGAACAGAGCAGAGAAAUCUGAGGCAAGAAGAAAAUGAAGAAGAGAAAGUUAUAGAAGAGAGAAGAGAAGAGAAGUGAAGAGAAGAGAAGACAGCUAAACACGAGAGAAGUAUCGUGAAGACAACAGAGAAGAGCAAGUAGACACGCAGCAACCCAGUGAAGUGAAGAGGAAGUUAUUGAGACAUAGGACCACUUAGAAGAUAAAUGGAAGAGAUAAAAAAGUGUUGGCUUAAAGAAGGAAGAGAAAAUAGACCGUAGAAGAGAAUAUAAGUGAAGAGUAGCUGUUUUCAAGUGAGAUUAAGGAGGGAAAAAAAAGCAAGGAGAGAGAAAAGAAAAAAAAGAGCUUAGAGAGUGUAGAAGAGAAAAUUAGAAGAGAAAAGAGCUAAAAAGAAUAGAAGAUAAUAUUUGUCAGGGCCACUCAAAGGGGAGGAGAGAGAAGAAGAGGAGGUGAACACAGGAAUAUAUGAGAAGGAAGAGCAUUGUGAAGAGAUAGAAUAGAAGAGAAUGAAGAGAUAAUAAAAAAAAAAUUGUUUCUAGACUAAAUUAAAGAGAAAAUUAAAGGAGAUGAAAGUGCACUCAGAAACUGAUAGGAAAAGGCUAUUUAGAAGAAGGGAGAUGCGAAGAGAAAAGUAGAGUGACACAAAGGAAGAGGAGCUGGUGUUCACAGUUAAGAAGAGAAAGGAAAAGAGGAAAUGUAAAAAAAUAUACAAAGAAGAGAAAGUGCUAUCAGGAGUUAGAAGAGAGAAGUGGAAGAUAUUUUUUUAAGAGGAGAAUAGUUAAUAGCCAGGAACCUUUACAGAAGAGAAAGCAGAGAGGAGAGUGAAGAGAUCGUAAAGGAAUGUAAAGAAAGAACGGUGAAGAGAAAAUAAAAAGUUAAAAGGGUGGAGAGGAGAGGAGAAGAGAAAGAAGGAAGAGCAGUUGUAAGAGUCAAAGAAAAUAAAGAAAGAAAAGAGAAGAUAUAGAUGGACAACUUAGAAGGGAACAAAAAAGAGAAGAGAAAACUAUGUGAAGAAAUCAUAUAAGGGAAGAAUACGUCGCGAAGAGAAAGAAGAUAAAAAGGUUAAAAAUACUGAUAUUAAAGAGGAGCUGUUCUUAGGACCACGUAGAAGAAAUAAAGAGGGAAGAAAAGAGAACAAAAGGAUAAGAAAAGGGUGAGUUGAGGAGUUUAGUAGAGAGAAGUGAAGAGAAUAGAGACUAGUAAAGUGUGAAGAAAAGUUUCCUGAAGACGAUAAAUUAUGUUCAGGAUCGCAUAGAAGAGAGGAAGAGAAAAUUGAAAAAAAGAUAGGAAUGGCCGUAGAAGAGAAGAGAAGAGAAAAGAAAAGAGGGGAAUAGAACAGAAGGAAAGGAAAGAGAAAUAAGGAGGCGAAGAGAGAGGAAACAAGAGAAGAGAAAUAAAAGAUAGAGGAGAAAAGAAGAAAUAUACAGAUAGAAGAGAUAUCCUGUUUUUAUAGUGGACAAAAAAAAAAGAGAAAAGAAAGUGUUAGGAGAAAAAAAAAAGAGAUAUAAGAAGAGAGACUAAACCGAACCGACGUAGAAGAGAAAAGAGACUGCAGAAAAACAGAAAAAAAUAAAUGCCAAAAAAAAAGAGAAGAAACCCAAUAAAAAAGAGGGUGAGAAACAGACUUAGUAGAAGACAUAAAAGAGAAACAGAAGAAAUUAGGUAGUGAGGAGAAGAGAAGAAGAGAUAACUGAUGGAGUGAAGGGUUGAAGGGUGAGAAAUAGAAGGAAGAAGGAAGAGGAGGAGAAAGAGGAGAAGGAAGAGAGUGUGAAAAGAGAGCAAGGAAAGGAGCAGGAUGGCGCCCCUUUCUCUUCUACGUCAGCUGGUGUUUCUCUUCACCUUCUGCUGUCUCGUGGCUCCGACCUCGCCCAAACAAGCGGUGUGGCGUCGCGUGGAGGCACUGAAUGGCGGCGAGGCGGUGCUUCCCUGCCACGUGGCGCGCGCCGAGGCCGGGGACCGAGUGUAUGUGGUGCUCUGGUACAGGGACAACGGCGUCGAACCCGUCUACAGCUACGACAACCGGCCUGGUCGUGUGGUGGGCCCCGAACAGCGGCACACCCUACGGAGCCGCCAGCUGGAGGGGCGCGCCACGUUCCGGCCCGGCGUGCUGCCCGCCCUGCACAUCAACCCUGUGCGCAUCGAGGACCAGGCCAACUACACUUGCAGGGCGGACUUCAGGAUAGCCUCCUCGCGGCGCACGCACCUGACGCUGGUGGUCGUGGUGCCCCCGGAGACCCCCCAGCUAAGGGUUGGCGGGGAGCUGUGGCCGACAGGGGGGCUGCUGGGGGCGCUGCAGGAGGGGGCCGCGCUGGAGGUGACCUGCACCGUGGUGGGGGGCGUGCCCAGGCCGGCGGUGGUGUGGAGGAGGAAUGAUGAGAUCCUGCAAGUAAGCAGGGAGCCACUAGUGGGGACAUCUGGAGUGCUCGUGAGUCGCCUAGCCGUCAGCCGCCUCACGCGCCAGUACCACAACGCGCGACUGUCCUGCCAGGCAUACAACAACAAUGUGACCGAGCCGCUGGAAGCCUCUGUAACGCUGGCCAUGAACCUUCGGCCGCUGCUCACGAGGCUGGUGUCGCCGCCCGCCAGUAUGAGGGUCGGGCGGCGCUACGCUAUCACCUGCCUGGCUGCUGGGUCACGGCCGCACCCCAAUGUGACGUGGACUCUCAGCGACGGGGCGGCGACUGUCUACCUUAGCGCUGAGGUGAGUGUAACUGUGUGUGUGUCUAGUAAGGAAGGGUUGCCAUGAUCUGAUCACGUGCUGGGCUCUCAGUAAUGGGGAUAGGGGUGAAGGUGAGGGGUUGUUUGUGUCCGUUUUCAUAUUUUUAAGUCUUUUUUUUGAGCGCUGAGGUAUGUAACUGU